AUGGGGAAGGAAAAUGCUGUCUCUCGUCCUUUUACUCGUGCUUUUGCGUCUGCUUUGCGCACUUCAGAAGUGACUUCUACUACUACACAGAAUCAGCAGAGAGCAAACACAAAAAGGCCAGCCUUGGAGGAUCUGAAAGCCACUGCACCCAAGAAGAAGAUGAAGCGAGCUGUUCUUGGAGAUAUCUCAAAUGUCAGCUUCAGUGCAGCUACACUUGAGGCCAAAAGCAUCAAGCAGGUGAAAUCCCCGGCGAGUAAUUCCCAGUUGACAUCUUCUGUUACUUCAGGAGUCACAGAUCUUCAGUCCGGGACCGAUGUGAAAGCAGAAGCUGUAUCAGUCACAGGAGGAAACCUGUCUCUAUGUAAAGGCACUGAUGACACAGCUGAUAACUGUAUUGAGAAGUUGAAUUUCAGAGUAUCCCCAAGAUCUCUUGGAAGAUCAGCUUCUACAGUUGAGAAAAUUGCUGUUGUUGGUAGUUCUGUUGCACCGGUUAUCCCAAAAUUCAUAGACAUUGAUUCAAAUGACAAGGAUCCUCUACUCUGCUGCCUCUAUGCACCUGACAUCUACUACAACUUGCGUGUUUCAGAGCUUAAUCGCAGACCGGUUCCUGACUUUAUGGAGAGAAUACAGAAGGAUGUCACUCAGACCAUGCGAGGGAUUUUGGUUGAUUGGCUUGUUGAGGUCUCUGAAGAAUACACGCUUGUACCUGACACUCUUUACCUCACAAUCUAUCUCAUAGACUGGUUCCUCCAUGGAAACUACGUGGAAAGACAGAGACUUCAACUUCUCGGCAUUACUUGCAUGCUAAUUGCCUCGAAGUAUGAGGAAAUCAAUGCGCCACGCAUUGAAGAGUUUUGCUUCAUCACGGAUAACACCUACACAAGAGAUCAGGUCCUUGAAAUGGAAAACCAAGUGCUGAAGCAUUUUAGCUUUCAAAUAUACACUCCCACUCCAAAAACGUUCCUCAGGAGAUUUCUCAGAGCAGCACACGCCUCUCACCAGAGACCGAGUCUUGAAGUCGAGUUUCUAGCCAGCUACCUGACGGAGUUGACGUUAAUGGAGUAUCAUUUCUUGAAGUUUCUUCCUUCCGUCAUCGCUGCUUCUGCCGUUUUUCUUGCCAAGUGGACAAUGGACCAAUCAAAACACCCAUGGAAUCCAACACUUGAGCAUUACACAACGUACAAAGCAUCAGAUCUGAAAGCAUCUGUUUGUGCCUUGCAAGAUCUGCAGCUUAACACCAAAGGUUGCCCCUUGAGCUCCAUACGCGUCAAGUACAGGCAAGAGAAGUUCAAAUCAGUGGCAGUCCUCAGAUCUCCAAAACUACUUGACACGCUAUUCUGA